AGGCAACGGGAUGCCCCAGCGUGAAGCCACUGAGGGGAAUGCGUGGGGCUAGGCAGUUGGUGGAGAGAUCUUGAGCAGCAGAAAUGAGCCCCGAAAAGCACACUGAGGAAGAGGACGCGGUCGACUCCGUUCUCCUUUCAGCGUCCAAGAUCCUAAAUGCCUCCGAGGGGUUAAAGGAAAUUGGUGGCAGUGAAGCAGAAUAUGGCUGCAUAUCAGAAUCUGAAAACCAAAUCCAACCACAGUCAGCAUUGAAAGUCCUUCAGCAUCAGUUAGAAUCAUUUCAGGCUCUGCGAAUACAGACUUUGCAGAAUGUUAGCAUGGUACAGUCUGAAAUCAGUGAGAUACUGAACAAAAGUAUUAUUGAAGUAGAAACCCCACAAUUUGGCUCAGAAAAAAAUCUAGCAUUCAGUACACACACUGAAAAGAAUUCGGAAGAACUGACUGUCAGAGAUGAAAAUAAGGAAGUUUCUAUCCUGAAGACCUUAAAAGACCCUAUAGAGAAGCCAGAAGAAAUCUUUUCUAUGGAAAAAAUUCAUCAUUUUGAGGAUUCCAUGAUUCGUCCUUCAAUGGAUGAAAAAUUCAGUAGCAAUAAUGUUAACAGUCUCUCUCAAAGUAUAAAUAUUCCAUCCCAGAUGCAGUUCAAGGACAUAUUAACUCUUGAGAACUUGAGAACUCCAACAGAUAAUUCAACUUCAAACAUAAUAAUUAUGAACCCUUCAGAAAAUUCUGACAUAUUGAAGAAUUAUAAUAAUCAGUACAGUUUUCUACCUAAAAUAUCUCAAAAUGUGAUAUCUCAAGCAGAUACAGGUAUUCUGGAUAAAUCCAAAAUGGACAUGCCUUUUCUGAAGCAUGGGUUUUGUGAAAAUUUGGAUGAUAUUUGCUACUCGAUUAAACAAAUGAAGGAAGAGCUUCAAAAGUCACAUGAUAGGGAACUGGCACUUACAAGUGAACUUCAAACCUUAAAAACCAACCCAAAUAUUCAAAGAAAUGGGAACUAUGACCUGUUCCCCAUUCACAAGGAAAAAAUUGACUUCACUAAGGAGGAAAGCAUAGAAAGUAACUUAAAUGAAGAUAUAAAAUCAAAGAGAAUUUCAGAAUUAGAGGCAUUAGUAAGCAAGUUACUCCCACUCAGGGAAACAGUGUCAAAAUUCCAUGUGAAUUUUUGUAGGAAAUGUAAAAAAUUAUCGAAGAGUGAAAUACACAGGGGAAAAAAUAAUGAGAAAAACAAUAAAGACAUUCCUAUCAAUGGCAAGCAUAUUACAGAUUUAAAAUUCCAUUCCCGAGUUCCAAGACAUACACUGUCAUUCCUUGACCAAACAAAACAUGAAAUAAAAGACAAAGAAGGGAAACCAUUUAUAGUAAAACACGGAUCAGUAAUAGCUGAAAAUGAGAAAACAUCUAAAGUCAAUUCUGUCACUGAGCAGUGUGUUGCAAAAAUUCAGUACUUACAGAAUUACCUAAAAGAAUCUAUGCAGAUACAGAAAAAAGUAUCAGAACUGGAAAACGAAAAUCUAACCCUGAAGACCAAAAUAAAGCCUCUAGUCUUUACCACACAAUCUCUGAUACAGAAAAUUGAAAGCCACGAAAAGCAACUAAAGAAUUUGGUUGAAGAAAAAAACACUAUUCAGUCCAAGUUAAUUAAAGCAGAAGAUGACAGCAAAGAAUGUCUUAAAGAAUUUAAGAAAAUAAUUAGCAAAUAUAAUGUUCUCCAAGGCCAAAACAAAAUGCUUGAGGAAAAAAAUAGUCAGCUUGCUUUGGAGAAGCAACAAAUGUUGGAUGCAUUCGAUCAGCUAAAAAGUAAGGAACACAAAAUUCAGAACGAUAUGGCCCUUGUCAGUAGUGAAAAUAACAGAAUGAAUAUAGAAAUGGAAGCAAUGAAAACAAAUAUUCUCGUGAUACAUGAUGAAAAAGACAUUCUGGAGAAAAAAACAUACCAGCUCCUCCAAGACAAAAGUUCACUUGAAAAUGAGCUAAAAGAAAACCAGCUGGAGAUCCUGCAGCUAAAAGAGAAGGAAAGACUGGCAAAAAAUGAGCAAGAGUCACUUCUUCAAAUCUUAGAAACAAUUAAAAAUGAAAAACUGAACCUUGAAACAAUAUUACAAGAUGCUACUGCUGCUAGACAAAUGAUGGAAAGAAAAAUUGAGACUCUUCAAACUUACCAAAAUGCUUCAGAAGAGAGUUUUCUGAAAGAAAUUAAAAAUGCAAAAUCAGAAGCAAAUAUUUAUAAAAACAGCUUGUCAGAAAUCAGCAAGGAAUGCGAAAUGUUAUCAAAAAUGGUAGUGGAAAUUAAGACAGAUAAUCAAAUUCUGAAAGAAGAACUAAAGAAACAUAGUCAAGAAAAUAUGAAUUUUGAAAACAGCCUCAGUCGACUUACUGAAGACAAAAUGCUUUUAGAAAACUAUGUAAGAAGUAUAGAAAAUGAAAGGAACACCUUGGAAUUUGAGAUGCGGAAUCUUCAGCGAGAAUAUUUGAGUUUAAGUGAUAAAAUUUCUAGUCAGCAUCAUGACCUAACAAAAAUGACUCACAUUUCAAGAAGAGAGAAAUUCCAUUUUGACAACUAUAAUACUUAUGAAGACACUUCUAAUCCUAGGAGUAGGCCUUUAGCUCAUGAUUUGAAAGACACAGAAUAUUCAAGUCACAUAGGCUUCUUUUGGGAAAGCAGAUACCUUGAUGUCGAAGUCUUCAAGAGAUAGGAUGCCAGUGACUCUUACCUGCUCAUGCCUGAGUUCUGAAAAAUAAAGCUGCUUCACGGGAAACUA